GUAUUUUCAGUGCAAAAUUAUCAAUGUAAAAAGAAUUUAAUAACUUUAUGAGAGAAUUAAUCUCUACAUAAACCAAAUUUUUGGUCCAUUCAGUUACGAACACUCCGUAAAAUUAGUUUUAUCAGUUUUUUUACUUUUUUUUCCACUACUGUUAUUUUACCCAAAUCCCCCCAAUUUCUUCAUCCCCGUAAUCGACUAACCGGCCGUUGCGUCUCUUCGUCUCCGACGAUCGCCGCCGAGCUUUCUUACAGGGUCAGUGAGCUUGCAUUGCCGGAAAGGAUUUCGGAAUUUCUAAAGGAUCCGUCUUCAUUGCCGGUUUGCCUUCUUUCCCCUUCCGUUUCUCUGUCUUCCGUUUCCGAUUUUGAUGGUCCCUUCCACCACCGUCGACGUCCGGCUUGCUGUAUUUCUCCGAUGAGAGUUUCCUUUUCUCGUUACAAUGGCGUGCAUGAAACUGGGAUCGAAAUCUGAGGCCUUCCACCGUGAUGGCCAUACCUGGUUCUGCUCAUCUGGGCUGCAAAGUGAUUGCAUAGUUGAAGUCGGGGAAUCAUCGUUCCAUCUCCACAAGUUCCCACUGCUCACCAGAAGCAAACUACUAGAAGAUCUCAUAGCAGAACAAUCAACCAACAAUGGAACCACUUGCAUCCUGCAGCUUGACGAUCUCCCAGGUGGAACAAACAGCUUCCUGCUGGUGGCUAAGUUCUGCUAUGGUGUCCGAAUUGAGCUCGAUGCACUGAACAUUGUCCGCCUUCGAUGUGCAGCAGAAUACCUUGGCAUGACCGAAGAAUAUGGCGAAGGAAACCUCAUAUCGCAGACAGAAAAUUUCCUGAAUGAGGUCUUCAACCACUGGACAGACUCUCUUCAGGCUCUAGAAACUUGUGAGGAAGUUUUUCCACUAGCAGAAGAGAUCCACAUUGUCUCGAGAUGCAUCCGCUCGAUAGCAAUGAAAGCUUGUGCUGACCCGUAUCUGUUUAGCUGGCCAAUGUCAGCGCGCAGCAAAGAUGUUACUCGGAGCCCUGAGGAAGGGAAUGUCUUCUGGAAUGGGAUAUGGACUUCGGGGAAGUCGAAUAUGGUGGGUGAUGAUUGGUGGUACGAGGAUGUCUCUUUUCUUACACUGCCACUCUACAAGAGGCUGAUUCAGGAGGUGAUCUCAAACGGUAUGAAACCCGAGAAGGUGGCUGGCGCCCUUAUGUGUUAUGCUAGGAGGUACUUGCCUUUGCUCGGUCAACAGUCGAGCUUUCAGAAUGUGAAGCAGGAUGCACUUGGUUCGACUAUUAAGACGACUCCACAGGCGGAUCAAAGAAAUCUGCUUGAAGAGAUUGUGGAGCUUUUGCCUGAUCAGAAGGGCAUUGCUCCGACUAAGUUUCUGCUCCGGCUGUUAAGGACGGCGAUUCUGCUCCAUGCUGGGCCAUCGUGCAAAGAGAAUUUGGAGAAGAGGAUUGGAGCUCAGUUGGACCAGGCGGGUUUGGAAGAUCUCCUGAUACCAAAUGUGGGUUACUCGAGCGAGACACUGUAUGAUAUCGAUUGUGUUCUGAGGAUGCUUGAUCAUUUCAUGAUGGUGGACCGCGAUGAUCCUCCUCCGACCAAUUUCAUGCUGGAUGAGGGUCAGCUUCUUGGUGGUGAUGGUGGUGCGUCGCAGUCGUUUGCUCCAGUGACAUUGGUGGCAAACCUUAUUGAUAAUUUUCUUGCGGAGGUUGCUUCUGAUGUCAACUUCAGGCUGGCCAAGUUCCAGUCGCUGGCUGCACUAAUUCCUGAUUAUGCCAGGCGAAUCGACGAUGGAAUCUAUCGCGCAAUUGAUAUCUACCUUAAGGCUCAUCCAUGGCUGACAGAUUCCGAGAGGGAGCUCCUCUGCAGGCUAAUGAACUGCCAGAAGCUCUCACUCGAAGCAAGCACUCACGCAGCACAGAACGAGAGGCUCCCCCUUCGCGUCAUAGUCCAAGUCUUGUUCUUCGAACAGCUCAGGCUACGAACCUCGGUGGCAGGGUGGUUCUACGUCUCUGACAACCUGGACAACUCGCAGAACCCCAGCGGGGACCUGGCAUUGAUGAGGAACGAUGACGGGAUACAAGAACACAGGGAAGAAGUCGAGGUGAGGGAGAGAAUCGUCGAGCUGGAAAAUGAAUGCAUGAGCAUGAAGCAAGAGAUAGAGAAGCUGAUGAAGAACAAGGGGAGCUGGAACAUGUUACUGAGGAAGUUGGGGUUUGGCAGAACGAAGAAGCCAAAUGGAGAUCAGAAACCCAGAAACGGAAAGGAAACUUCGACCAUGGAAGAUUCCACGGCGCCAUUGAUGAACGGUGGAGUUGUGGAUGACGGUGGUGAUCGGAAUAAUGGGAAAUCAGGGAGGUUGAGUUGAUUUUGAAGAUGUAUGAGGAAAUGGUGAUAGAAUUCUAUUUUCUCUUUCUUUUUGCUGGCAUGAAAUAAUAGUCAUUCAUUUUCUGUCAUUACUCUUUUCCGUUACCGAAAAUUUUCUAACUGGAGGAGUGUUUUCCACUUUUGCUAGAUUGGGUUCAAGUGUUUAACCUAAUGGUGUAAAUUAUUGUUAUAGUUGGAAGGACUAAGGGAAACUAUAAAUUUUAUUUUUGAAUUUUCUUACAUAUGGUUCCUUCCUUUAUCUCUUGUAGAUGAAUGAAUUAGAGGGAUCAACCAAUGGAUUGUGACAUGAGUAAUGCUUGGAUUGAAUCGAGCCAAAUCAAAAAUGGAAUAAUUCAAUUUUGAUUUCAUAAAUUUUAGUAAUUGAGAAGAACAAAAAAAAUGGAAUUGACAUCUAAAUCGUAGCAAAAGAAACCAAAUGCAUUUUCCAUUUAGUUAUCAUUCUCAAUUUCCCCAUAAAAAAUAUUAUUCCUUACAUAUUUCUAUAGCAAAUUUAUGGUUGGUAUCCCCUCAAACAAUAUACGUACGUAUUGGGUUGAGAUGAUGUAUACCUUUUUGAGUUUUGACAAUGCAUCUUGGGGCUCAUUUCUUCCAAGUUUCAGCAGUAACAUAUUGUUCGAUGUCCAAAAUAUGGAAGAAUCAUGUGUUUUCACGAUUCUACUACCCAAUCAAUUAUGUUUACUCCUUGGUUUUCUUCUUACACAUCUUCUUGCUAAACAUGUUGUGGUUCUUCAUCAGGCGACUGUGAUGAUCCUUCUCUGGAAUGAGCUCUCUUCGCACACAAUUUGAAUCUUACCAUCGUGCAACAUCCGUGAAAGACAGUUAUAGAAUAUAUCUAGCAUGUACACAGUCCAAACUAAUAUCCAUAAUGCACAGAAUAAUAUCCCCAGUCACAGAUUUGAAAUCGUUACAUCAUAGUACUUGUAUUCAGCCAAUAUAUACACCUAGUAUCGUGGUUAAGAAAAAGUGUAUCCUAAGCUAGUUAAAUGAUAUUUAGCAUGUAUUGCACUAGUAUUAACGAACUAAUAUCCACAUUCAACAAAUUGUAUCUCGAUGUCACCAACUAGUAUUCAUCCAGUUUAACUAACCAUUAUUCAAAAGCAUGAACUAAUAUCAUGACAACAAAGACAAAUAUCCAUACAUCACAUAUCUAGCAUUUAACCAAUCUAGUCAACUAGUAUCAAUACAUAGCUGAACUAGUAUCAACACAUCCACAUUAUCAUGCUUCACAAGAUAGUAUCUAAAGUGGCAUAAAUGAAAUCGUUACAUCACAGAACACAUAUUCAUCCAAUUUAACAAACUAGUAUUGACAUUCAUUACUAAUUGUAUCUGAAGUUAGUUAAUCCAGAUACCCCAUAUUCGAAUCUAUGAAAUCCUAAAUCUAGCAAUAAAAUAACAAAAUCCAGAACCCCCCAAUUUGAAUCCCAUGAACCCUAAUCUAGCAUUACAACAACAAAAACCCAAAACCCCCAUAUUCGAAUCCAUGAAACCCUAAAUCUAGAAAUAAAAAAAACAGAACCCCCAAAUUCGAAUCCUAGGAAGCCUAAUUUAGCAUUACUAAAACCAAAACCCGAAACCCUCAUAUUCGAAUCCAUGAAAUCCUAAAUCUAGAAAUCCAAAAAACAAAACCCAGAACCCUCAAAUUCGAAUCCCAUGAAUCCAAAUCUAACAAAUCAACAAACAAAACCCAGAACCCCCAGAUUUGAAUUUAUGAAACUCUAACUUCGAAUCCAUGAAUCAACAAAGAGAUAUUAAUGUU